AUGCGCAUCAAAGGCCGAAAAUCCAGAGUCGACCGCCGCCAGCCCCAACGCGGGGGCCGAUUCACCUCAGCACAACUCGCAUGGAUGGACCGCGAUCAAGAACGACUACACCGCGCGCGGGAGAAAGAGAAGAAACGCAUUGCGAAUAAAAAGAAGCAAGCAGAGAAGGAAGCUAAAGAGCGCGAAGAGAAAAGGAAACAAGGGAUACCGGAUCCGCAUGCGAUUCCUGUGCCGUCUAGUCAGCCGUUGUUAUCGAAGUUCCUUGCGAAACCGAAGUCCGCGUCGCCGUUGGAGUCGCCGUCUGUCGAGACUCCGGAGUUUGAGGAUGAUGGUUUUGAGGGGCAAUCUGAUGGGGAUGAUACGGAGGUGUGCUCGGUGGAUAGUUAUGAGGCGGAGAUAGAGGCAUUUGAUCGGAGGGUGAUGGUGGAUGAAGAUAGAAGGAUGAUGGGAAAACCCCCGGUCCUGAUUCGGUCGAUGGCGGCGGAUCUAAUUCGCAGUGGUAUUUUUGGUUCUACGGAGGCCAAUGGGCAUAAUAAGCAUGACGAGGGAGCGCAUAACGGCAACAAAGACGAUGAGGAUGCAUUCUCGGAAUGCUCGGCUUUCUACGAUGAAGAUUUCAUUCGCGAGGCAGAUACAACCGCACAGGGACAAAGUGGACAGCAAAAGAAGGCAUCGCAACCGCAGGAAGGGCAAUCGAUACAGACAGCAGCGAAGCCAGCUGUUGUGGAAGCGCAUCGGGGAGCAGGGACAGGUGCGACCGCACAACCCCGGAGCCAACACAAGGAACACAAGGUAGCGCAGCCAAUACAACAGCCACCACCAAGACUGGCUAUAGAGGAAUCAUUUCGAGACGAUACAGCAGACUUCUUGGAGCAGUUUGGUUGCGAUCUCGGCGCAGAUGGAGAGUUUGCGCCAGACGAAGAUUUCGAGAGAGAAUUGGUCCAACUCAACGCGGGUUGA